GGACCGGGAAGACGCGUGAAGCGGCGUCUCCUAGGACCCGGAUUGAGGCAAGAUGGCGGGCUCGUGGUGAGCAGCGGUGAAGGGAUGAAAAUGGGUAUGCCUACAAGCAGAUUUUAAAAGCAGUUUCUCUUCAAAUGAUCUUUCCUCUCACCUGAUAAACAUCUUGAUUCACCAUGGCAUUAGCAGCAGCAAAAUGGGUGAUAUCAAACAGGACUGUCUUGAAACAUUUAAUUCCAAUUCAAAAUGGAGCUUUAUGUUGUGUUAGUCAUAAAUCUACAUAUUCUUCUCUUCCAGAUGACUAUAAUUGCAAGGUAGAGCUGGCUUUGACAUCUGAUGGCAGGACAAUAGUGUGCUACCACCCUUCUGUGGACAUUCCAUAUGAACAUACCAAACCUAUCCCUCGGCUAGAUCCUGUGCAUAAUACUGAAGAGACACAUGAUCAAGUGCUGAAAACCAGAUUAGAAGAAAAAGAUGAACACAUUGAGCAAGGACCCAUGAUAGAACAACUUAGCAAAAUGUUCUUUACUACUAAGCACCGUUGGUAUCCGCAUGGACAGUAUCAUAGACGUCGUAUGAAACUGAAUCCACCAAAAGACAGAUGAUAUUGAGGUUUUCAGAAGUCCAAGAGAAAUGUUAACCCUGUGUCUCAUUUGCCAUGAGAAAAUGUAAUCGGUAUAUUCACUAAUACGUUAUAUAGUACAAUUUCCUAAUUAGAAUGUGUAUUAAGUAAUUCUGGAUUUGACAUUCUUAUUUACAGAAACCUAUUUCAUCUUAUUUUUAUUUUGAGAUAUUAAAGUCUAUCAUUUGUUUUUAUAUGUCUAGUAUGGUAAAGUAUUUUUACAAUACAAGCCAAAUAUCAUUAGUACUAUAAAUAUGAUUAAUAAAAAUGUGCAUGGUACUUUUUCUGGAGAUUUUCAAUUGCUUUUGAAAGAAACUCAUGGAGUCCAUGAGUUUUUUGUUUUCUGACUCUUAAAAAUUAUGCAAGCUUCAGAACACUGGCAACUCUGUGAUUAAAACGUUAAUGUCCUAAACUGUUACAAGAAUGUUAAUAGAUUAUUCUGCUAUUGAUUGUCACUACCAGCUUGUAUAUAAUGCUUAAUAAAGCAUUGCUGCCCCUCU